CACACGCACACACAACGCACACACACACUCACAAACACACACAUACACACCAACGCACACACGGAAGGCGGAUAAGCUUAUUUCUCCUUUACAUGUGUAUACGAAGUGGCGACGAGGAGAGGGUUGGGGUCUUGCAGAUCUUAGAGCUGUUUGCCUUGCCUUGCCAUGGCGCUGUGGAUGCAAAUUUCCCAGCUGCUUCCAAAACUGCCCAACCAGACCCUGAAUGAGCUGUACCCGGAUACAUUCCCCAUAGACGUCAGGCACUACCUGGCUAACUGGAUCGAGGACCAGAGAUGGGAGGAUUUUAACGUGGACAGUGUGGAGCAGGUCCCCCUGGCCCAGCAGCUGCUGGAGCAGAUGCUGGAACGUCUUUAUGAUGUAGUCAGCCACAACUCCAACGUGGUGGAGAGGGUCAAACUCCAGCACAUUAGCAGGAAGCUGAGCUUGUUCCAGUCCCAGCCUAUGCAUCUGGUGAGGAUGGUGAGGGAUAUUCUGAGGAAGGAGAGACUCCUGCUCAGUCAAGCGCCAAUGCAACAGUACCAGCAAAUGCCGAGCUCUGUUAACGGCUCCAUGCAGCCGGCCAGCAACCGCGACCUGGACGCCCUGGUGCUGAAGGUGCUGGAGAUUCAGACCUGCCGACAGGAAAUUCACCGACUCCAAGAGGAGCUAAACUGGGAGAAGCAAGAUUCUGAACCCAUGCAAGGACAGACUGAGAUGGAGACCAAACUUCCGGAUCAAGUCACCAAACAGAAUCGCAUAACACAGCUGGAGCACAGCUAUCAAACCUGUGCCAAGAUGCGUGUGCAACUGCUGCAGGAAGCAGUGCAUAGUCUGGAACAGUGCCAAGCUGGACUCAUCCAGCAAAUAAAGUCUUGGAGGUGGCAGCAGCUCCGCUCCACCAUUGGCCUUCCCUUCGACGACAACCUGGUGCCUCUGCAGACAUGGUGUGAGCAGUUGCUGGGGGUGAACAGUAAUCUGAGACAGGAAAUAAUGUUGUUGAGGAGGGACCAUGGUGCUGAACACUUCCACCAGCUGGAGGAGAGCCUCAGUCGUCUCCUGCAGACACUCAUCCAGAGUUCACUGGUGGUGGAGAAGCAGCCCCCACAGGUGAUUAAGACACAGUCCAAGUUCUCCAGCACAGUGCGCUACCUGCUGGGGGAGAAAAUGGCUCCAGGAAAGCCAUUCGUCCUGAAGGCCCAGAUCAUCACUGAGUCACAGGCCAGGAAUUUAGGACAGGGGGUGAUACCCACUGAGAACGUGGGGGAGCUGAUCAAUAGCACGGCCAUCUUAGAACACAACCCUUCCAGCAAGAGCACGUGUGCUACUUUCAGGAAUAUGUCCAUAAAGAAAAUCAAGCGAGCCGACAGGAAGGGCUCUGAGUCAGUAACGGAGGAGAAGUUUGCCCUGCUUUUCACCGCAGAGAUAAUGAUCACAGGCUGUGAGAGCCCCUGCAAUGUCCAGAUGAUCACGCUCCCUGUGGUUGUAAUCGUACAUGGAAGUCAGGAGAACAACGCUAUGGCUACAGUCAUUUGGGACUGUGCAUUCUCCGAACCUAAUAGGAUCCCGUUCGUGGUACCGGAACGCGUUCCGUGGAGCCAGAUGUGUGAGGCUUUGAACAGUAAGUUUAUGUCUGAGGUGCAGACCAACCGAGGUUUGGAUAGAUACAACCUACACUGCCUCGCUCAGAAAAUCUUCGACAAAGAUGUCUCAGGAGACCUCAGCAGCACGCCGGUAUCUUGGGGCCAGUUUAACAAGGAAGUUCUGCCUGGACGAAAUUUCACCUUCUGGCAGUGGUUUGAGGGAGUGAUUGACCUGACCAAGAAAUGUCUGAAGGCUUACUGGAGUGAAGGGUUGAUCUUUGGCUUCAUUGGGAAGCAGCACCUCCAUGUUAUUUUACAAAACAGACCAAGUGGCACUUUCCUGCUGCGCUUCAGCGACUCGGAAAUCGGAGGCAUCACCAUCGCCUAUGUGGGGCCCAGUGAGAAUGGAGGCAGGAAAAUUCAGAACAUCCAGCCUUUCACCAAAAAGGACCUGGACUCCUCCGGCCUUGGCGACCGUAUCCGGGACAUCAACUGCAUCAGUCAUGUGUAUCCAGAAAUGCCAAAGGAUGACGUGUUUAAGAAGUUUUAUACAGUUCUGUCUCCGCCAGUCCCUGAUGGAUACCUGCCAUUCAAACUCACCAUGGUAGUGGAACCCAAUUCCACCCAGAUAUGCACGCCACAGCCGCAGCCUGAAUUCUCCCCAGAAAUCCCUCUGCAACAGGAUCAAGUCCCAGGCCCUCCAUUCCCAAUUACUGCUCCUCUUCCUGGACCCACGUUUUCCCCAUAUCCUGAUCCCACCGUGCCGGCAAUGUCCUUCCAUAAUUUCUAUGGAGAGGAACCCAUGAGAGAUCCACAUGUCCAAAUGGAGCUGGAGGACAUUCUGUCAUCAUUAGACAGCUAAAUUAUAAUACUAUCAGAGACUGCAGCCACCUUCUGCUACAGGAGCCCUGACCCCCCCUUGCACAGAAACACAGAAAUACUAUGUGGAGCAUACAGAAGCAAAGCAUUAUACACAGCUCAACACACAGAUGGCAACACUCGCCACCCUGCCUUCGGGGUGCACAACAAUUCUGCAAGCUCUGUGUGAUCCGGAACCUCUGCUUUACUUCAUCGUAUCAAGGAUAGGAAACAGCUUGGUACACUAAGGAUGCUCAGAACAGCACACAAGCUUUUAUCCGAGUUGUGUAUUUCAUUUGUCCCAUCUGUGGUGGAUUGAUUGCUUAUAAGUGGACAUGCAGGCAGGACUUAAAAGUACACUAAGCUGAUUGUUCCAUCAAGACCUGAUGACAGAGGAAGUAAUCGGAAAUGUGAAUAUUACUUAAUAGUGUAGUAGGCUAGAAGCCUUGUUUUUUUGCAUUUUUGUGUCCAGUUUGGCAAUUGUGUCCAGUCCACUAUUUUUGUGUCCAGUUUUCUAUGUUAAGUCAGGCAAGCAAGUAUUAUAUGACUAACAUGUAACAUAAUAUAUAUAUAUAUAUAUAUAUAUAUAUAUAUAUAUAUAUAUAUAUAUAUAUAUAUAUAUAUAUAUAUAUGAAACAGAGUGCUUAGUGUACCUUUAAGCCUGCAAAAGUGGAGAAAAAAAGGGGAAAAAAUAAAACACCACUGGGGCCUUCUUAUUGGGAGUUUCUUGAUACAAUAUAAACACACUAUAUGGACAAAACUUUGUAGACACCUGCUUGCAUUUAUCAGUAAUCAUAUAUAGUAACAGCCUUUAAUUUAGUAUAGUCUUACAGUAGAGGUUGGUACAAAUGUUUGACAAUUUGAUUGCAUUCAGCCAAAGAAGGACAAAGCCAUUAGUGAGGUCAGAUCAUUCCAGAAGUAUUAAAUGAAGCUCCAUCACUCACUCACAGAAUGCAAUUCCACUUCAUUUAUUAGUUCUAUUCCUUCUGAGCUGGCAGUGCUUUUCUGUGGCGAGUAUACAAGCUGUUUUAGCAAAGGCUGACUGACUACAAAGGGGUGUCUGGAAACUUUUGGACAUAUAAUGGAUUGUAUUAUGCUGUUUGGAUGUUCCUGCCUUUACAUGCAUAUUAUUACAUGUACACAUGGUGUAAAUCCAUUUUAAAGACUUUAAAAUGCAUUGUCAAGCUGUUGUGGUUUACUUCAUUAUUCAUUAUUCAUUUUUUACAGUACAUUUCCAUGGGUUGCCAAAGCUGUUUUUAUUCCUCCAGUGUUUACAGGUGAUUUGAACAUCUAGAUUUGAACAUCAGGUUCUUGAUCUUGUCUGCCAUUGUUCUUUUCAGUGCUGUAAUGUGGCUUGUAUGUACCCUAUUGUACAAAAAUAUGAAAGAUGUCUCAUUGAAGGCCUUGAAAAACUAUAAAAUCAACAUCUACACUGUAGCAUUCAUGUUAUAAUAUGUCAUAAUUAAAGGAUUGAGCUUGUACCAAUAUAUGAUUUAUUCUAGUACAUAUCUGUCAGUGCUGAAAGAGGAACAGUCAUAAAAAAGGAAUGGUCACAUAUCUGAAUUAAACUUAUAGAGAAUUAUAAUGUUCAUUUAUGUAAGGUUAAAAAUGCAGUAUAACAAAUAAAAGGUGGCUACUUCACCACAAUAUUCCAGCAAGUUAAAACAUUAUCAGUGUGGAAUAACACAUUCAAGAUAAAUUCAAACAUUAGUUUAAAGCUGACGUUUGUUUUAAAUAAUUAUCUACCAAUACGAUAUGUUUCCAAUACCGUUGUGCAUCUGUAGUUUCAGUGGUACAGAGUUUUCUGCAUCUUGUAUUUACUCCUGUACUUCCUUACUUCCUUGUACACCUUGUUGCUUCUGUGCAUACCCUAGCUUCAUAUUUAAGGUUAUAUUGUGAGAGCUGAAAGCACCAAAAUCUGGGGCGAGCCUCCCUUCUUAAAAAUGAUGUUUAAAAUAGAAUUCAUUGUGGCUAUAGCAUAGGAAUGGUGCUCAGUUGGGACCCACAGUUUAUAGACAGAUGUUAACUCUGAAGUCUUGGACUUGGACACCUUUAUGCUGUUUAAAUUCCCCUGAACAAGCCAGUCCGCUCACAUACCACUCCAUUUUCUUGUAAUAUGAGAUUGUAUUGUUUCUAGAUAGCCGUGUAGAAUUUGUUUGGCCUUUCUUUCUUGUGCAUACUUUUACCUCUGUGAAUUUCUGUUUGAUUUAUUGCCCUGUAGAAUUAAUACUCAGUAUUCAUCAGCAUAAAACGUCCUAUAAAGUGAUUCUUUUUUUAACAGUGUAUGUACUUAAAUAAUGUAUGCAGCAGCGCUACAAAAUCUUUUUCUAUGUGUAUCUCUUUCCAUCUAUGUUAAGCUAGUCUUUAUGAAAGAUUUUCUCUGGGAAGACUGAAGACAGGCUACAGAGGUUUACAGGUCAGUUCUUCUCAGGAUAGAUUCCUUAAUAACAUGUCCAACUCUCCAAAAGUGCAUAAUUAUCUUUUACACACACAGGCACACACACUGACAUGCGUUUUCCCAUUUCAGUGGGAACUAGACAAACCUCAAUCGUAAUGCAGUGUUUUCCAUGUGGCCUUCAGUCUUCAGCCCUUUUUUUUUAUAUAAAAAUCUAUGUAAUAUAAUUUCUUCAAUAUGUUCUUCAAGCUAUGGACAAUCAUGUUGCUUUGUAAUAAAACAUUUUUUUCUAUCUUGUAAAAUAUCUUUCUUUGUGCUGUGAGUGCUUUGUUGUUGGGGAAAAUAGACCAUCAAAUAAAUAAAGAAAUAAAUAAACAACAAAAGACUUUGAA